AUGUCAUCCAACUUGCGUUCUCAAAAGCGGCUCGCCGCCUCGGUCUUGGGCGUCGGGAAGAACAAGAUCCAAUUCGACCCCACUCAACUCGCUGAGAUCGGUAACGCCAACUCACGUCAGACGAUCCGCAAGCUCUACAAGGAUGGAUUCAUCCUCAAGCGUUCCAUCACCAUUCAUUCCCGUGCACGCACACGUGCCAUGCACGCUGCUAAGGCCAAGGGACGUCACACCGGUCCUGGUAAGAGAAAAGGUACCGCCGAAGCCCGUAUGCCCACCAAGGUGCUCUGGAUGCGACGACAACGUGUCCUACGUCGGUUGCUGAGGAAAUACCGUGAGGCUGGUAAGAUCGACAGACAUCUGUACCAUGCUUUGUACAUGAAAGCCAAGGGUAACGUCUUCAAAAACAAGCGAGUCUUGAUGGACUACAUCCACAAGGCCAAGGCCGAGAAGACAAGAGAGAAGGAUUUGGCUGAGCAGAUGGAAGCCCGACGAGUGAAGAACAAGGCUGCCCGUGAACGUAGAGCGAUCCGAGUCGAGGAGAAGCGAGCAGCAAUUGUAGCCGUAGAACACCAGUCUGAAGAAAAGCAAUAG